AUGAUGAAGUUUGUGGUCCUGGCUGUUCUCAUUGCUGGCGCCUACGGAUGUGGGCUGCCCACGUUCCCCCCCGUGGUGACCAGGGUGGUUGGAGGUGUGGACGCCAGGCCCUACAGCUGGCCCUGGCAGAUCUCUCUCCAGUACACCAGUAACGGCAACUGGUACCACACCUGCGGGGGCACCCUGAUCAGCAACGACUGGGUCCUCACAGCCGCGCACUGCAUCAGCUCCAGUCGCACCUACAGGGUGGUGCUGGGGAAGCACAACCUGAAGGAGACGGAGGUGGACUCUGUGGCCAUCCCCGCCAGCAAGAUGAUCGUCCACGAGAAGUGGAACCCCUUCUUCAUCCGUAACGACAUCGCGCUGAUAAAGCUGGAGGCGCCCGUCACCGUUAGCGACGCCAUCAUGCCCGCGUGUCUUCCUGAGGCCGGCUACAUCCUGCCCCAUAACGAGCCCUGCUACGUCACCGGCUGGGGGCGCAUCUACACCGGCGGCCCCAUCGCUGACGUCCUGCAGCAGGCCCUGCUGCCCGUGGUGGACUUCCCCACCUGCACCAAGCCCGACUGGUGGGGCAGCCAGGUGAAGGACACCAUGGUGUGCGCCGGCGGAGACGGCGUCGUGUCGGGCUGCAACGGAGACUCCGGCGGACCCCUGAACUGCCAGAACGCCGACGGGGCCUGGGAGGUCCACGGCAUCGUGAGCUUCGGCUCAGGGCUCAAGUGCAACCUGGCCAAGAAGCCCACCGUCUUCACCCAAGUCAGCUCCUACAUCGACUGGAUCAACACCGUGAGUGCAGCUCACCCCACCGCCACACAACCCCGCAAACACACUUAUUAUCAGCGUUCUCGGGGAGCAGAGAACGUGGCGUUUCAGGUGCAGCAGUCAGAGGAGACACAGAGAGCGCAGUCAGAGCAGGGAGCCGAGAGGACCGCCCCUUCCCGCCGGCAGCUGGGCAGUCAAAGAGCUCCUCUGUGCCCCCCCGUUCGUCUGCGGAGACGCUGCAGAAACGGCACGCAGCUGCCCUCAGAUCGAGCGGCCCUCGGUCCCCGGACCUGCAGCUGA